CUCCUGUUGGAGUGAGAGAAGAGAGCAAAUCUGACAUUCAACCAUAGAUGAAGACAACUUAACCCUAAUCCGAUAUACAAAUGUAAAUAUUGAUAUAUAUGCCAAAACUUUUUGAUACAAAAGUACCAAAGAACUCAGCAAAAGAAAAAGUAAAGUAGCAGUAGUCAUUGUUGGCAAUGUUUUUCGAAGACGAAAACAUGUACAUUAUCGGCGAAAGACCUGCACUGGAGCAUCGGAGUGUCUGCUCCUCUUCAUCUGAUGACGAUUACAGUGACAACUGCCAAAUCACAAUAGAUAACUCGGAGAAUAUUCUCAAAGUACUGAAGAAGCUAUGGCAAGACCAAAGUAUGUGCGAUAUAUAUCUGAAAGUUGGGAGCAAACAGUUUGGAGCUCAUCGAUUCAUUUUGUGUGCCACCAGUGAUGUAUUUCAAGCAAUGCUUAUGAACUCCGCUUGGUCGGAAUGGAAGGAAACCCACAUAGAACUACAAGAAUUACCCAUUUGCGAGAGUGUGUUCUACACGUUCUUGGAAUACUUUUAUACCGGAAAAAUUCACAUUACUCACACAAACGUUAUGCCAAUUCUGGCCCUUGCCGACAAGUACCUUGUGAAGAGCCUAACACGCAUCUGUAUUAUGUAUAUGUGUCGUCACGUUCCACAUGCCGCCUACCACAACCAACUCUCCUCCUGGUUGCAGUACAGCAGCAUUUGUGAUCAUCAAAGAAUCCUGUCCAGUUGUCGAAAUUUUUUUAAAUGGAACUUCGAAACGGUGGCCAGCACCUCUGAUUACACCAACUUUGACUGUGAUACCUUCGUUAUGGUGAUAAAGUCGGACGAUGUAGUUGUGCACAACGAGAUGAUGCUGUACAAUUGCGUCGUUAGGUGGCUUGAAAUGCAAAAGGCUAAACUGAAUGGCACCACACAAACGUACGCUGGCUUGGUGGAGGGUGUAAUGAUGCAUAUCCGAUUUCCGAUGAUGUCUCCCCGUGAAUUGGCGGAACUUCUUAUGUCUUCAUUGAUUAAAGAACAUAAGGAGUUUUUUGUUGAGCGGAUGGCCAUUGGCAUGAAAUUUCACUCAGGAUACACUGAGCAAUUGGAGCCAUAUUACUUAAACGAGGGUCACUUAUUCACUCCUCGAUUGUACACAUCGGACAGCUGCUCAGCAGCUUUGAGCAUAGAGAAAUUUUGGGACUUGCAAAGUUACCACAUCAGCACUUUUGUGUUUUCUUCCCACCUAUCUGCCGCUGAGCAUGAGUCCCAAAAGAUCAGUGACUGGGUGGUGGAACUGUAUCCGAAGGGAGUCCAAUUUAAGAAGUGUUACUUGAUUGUAUGGCAAGGCACCUUGGAAGUUCCUGAGGAAAUUCGAAAGACUGUCCGCUUCUCCUUAAUCUGCCGAGAGUCGCCUGAACCAGAGAUGCGCGUUAAAGUUUCGGUUCUAAUAUAUGGAGUCCAAGGCGGCGUAGAACACGUUAUGGAGGUUAUAGAACGCGUCCAUCAUUUUUCGCCGCAGGAUAAAUUGUUGAACAUCGAUGAUCUGAUUCCGUUCCAGGAGCUCAACACCCCAGUUUCGCUGCAGCCUGUUCACGAAACUCCCUACCUCGUUGGACCUAGUCGAGAUCAGCUGAAACUAAACAUUGUUAUAGCCCCUAUUAGAUAAUGAUAUUAUACGGAUCGUUGAAAA